AUGGAGCCCAGUAUACCUAUGAUACUGCCCAAGGGCAUCGUCAUCAACACAACAGACGUCUACGAAGAAGUCGCCAGCUAUCCAAUUGUCCCUGCCGAUAAGAUAUGGGAGUACUGGCAUGUGUAUACAACAACGAAUAAGAAACUCAAAGACCCAACAGCCCGCCGCUUAGAGAACUUUUGGUGGCAAGUAUGGGGCAGUAAUCGAAGGUAUCUGAGUGGCCGGGCAUUGGCCAAGAUUUACGAAGAUAUUUCUCUUGGCCCUACCAUCGUCCCGCUGCACGGCCCGCCGAAUCGUUGGGAAGGCCCGGGUGUCCCUCCUUUGACUAAGCAACUCAUCGUCGCUCAUCUUAACCAAGGUCUUGACGAAACGCAACAACGAUCAGAGCCACCUCGGAUAAAGUCUAACGAUACAUCUAUCAAGAGCCUAUCAUCAAGUGCCUCAAAACCUCCGCCAUCACACCCUAUUUUGAAGAAGCCCAACCAUCCCUUGCCUUCUGGGCCAAAGCAAACAACUAGAUUUGCGUUUCCGCUUGAGUCAGACGAUGAAGCCGGCAGGGAGAGCGACAUUCCCUCAUCCGGAAGUACUGCAACAACGGGUUUGGACAUGAUGAUGUCGACAAAAGCGCCAUCCACAGUGAGGGUUUUAUCGGCGCUGGAAUCUACGUUGCCGGCGGGAAAUCAGGCCUUUAAUGCAAUGGAAACCACGCAGACAGCUAGAGGUUCAACACAACUUAGGACUGUUUCGCCCAUACCUGAACGACCGCAGGACAAUGUUGAAUGCGAAUCUGCGGAACUGGAGGACAGCGCUUCAAUGCCUUCAGAUCGCCCGGUGGCUCGUAGCGUCAAGGCAGCCGGCAAACAACCAAUGGCGCCCCGGAUGAUCACCAAAAACUUGUCGAAUCUGUCUCAGGAGCCAUCUCGACCGCCCGUCUCGACGCCUCUAGCGAAUUCUAAACCUCGAGCGACACCCGACUUGCGCUCGUCAGUGUCCAACAGGUCGCUCUCAUCCACGAGAACUGAUACCGAUAGCUCAACGACCGGAUCAAUGACAGACUCGGUAUCGAUGGCCGGCCGGUCCCUGUCGCAAAACGGAUAUGCACGGAAAAGUUCGUCAACGCAGGGUCUUUUUACUGGAGCGCUGGUCACUACCACCAACGUAGCCGCCAAGGGGCAGAUUAUUGACCAGGCGGGAUCACUUCCGCCGUCAGGUGUCGUUGAUCGAUACAUGGAUGACGAUGGCCUGCCGUCGCGGCCGUCUGCCACUUUCUUAUCAGAAUCGCGAAUGCAGCCCACUCAACCGAGUCCCGCAGCCAGCGUCCCCAUGGGUCGGACCAGAAGCCAGCUCACCCUUCUACUGGAACGAGAAAAGACAAAGAGACACUAA